UGAUGCCCCUCCACGUUUUGGUGGGAACUGGGAUGCUGACGGAGUUGCUGCAAAUUUGGACGAAGUUGAACCGCCAUCGGCUACUAAGCGAGGUAGAUGGUCUUAGAAUGCGGUCUUGUUAAAAACCGAGAGCCAGGUCUUUCGUGCACCUAUUUCUCCAAGUGUGUAUGUCUUCUUAUGGAAACAGACCGCCUUACUCUUUUCCGACGAAUUUUCCGCACCUCCAUCGUGUGAGACUCCACCAAACGUGUCCAACCUUUAGUCCGCUGCCCUCAUCGACAAGUCGCCAGCUUUGGUUAUAACCCAGUGACAUUGAUACUUGCAUGGCGUAUGAAUGUACAUUGACCAACAUUUUUUUCGCAAUGACGACUCAUCUAUUUGCUUCGAUUCUUUUCGUUUUCUGGAUCACUUGCCUCGUUUCCGAUGCCGAGAACGGAAACUCGAUUGCCACAGACCCGCACGCAUUAUCACCUAGUGAGUUGUUUGCCAUGGACCCUGUUCACUGGACUCGAAUGGAAAAGUUUUCUUUGUCGGCGAGAGAUUUGGCACGGACACGCCAAAGACAAGUACUGCUCGAUAUUUUCACAUCACUUCGGAUGUAUUCAGCUAUUUCCAGGCCUUUGCACAACUGGUUUACCGAAUGGCCAUCCAUCAUCGGGGACUGUUGCUCUUUUACUGGAGUCGAAUGCAACACAAAUGGGUUGAUUACUCAUUUGAUGCUCACGAACCUUCGUCUGGAAGGAAAAAUACCGUCCACAGUGAACUAUUUGAGUGAGCUGGUCCAGCUUCGGCUGGAUUGCAAUUCCUUGAGUGGAUCACUGCCAACAAACCUGGCCACGUUGUCUAAGCUACGUUGUCCAUCAAUACAAGAAAGUAGCAGGAAUCUGAUAUCACCGGAAGCGCCAGCCGCGCCAGCAGUGUAUCCAACCAUCGGGAUUCCGAGUAUACCAACGUCUUCCCUGGAGCCUUUGAUUACUCCUUCUCGAGCACCAGCAACCUCUACAAUGUCGCUGCCCCUCGUAAGUACUCAACCGUCGGGAAUGCAGUCGUUGUGGCCGAUGCAGCCAUCUCCCUCGCCGACUCUGGUAGCAAACCCUAUACCUUCGAAUUCACCUACCGAGAACCCAAACUUAGCAUCGAUAGGGACAUUGAGUGUAAUUUUACCGCGGGCCGCGACUGGGGGCUCUCAGAAGCGCGGCAUAAUCGCUGGAUCCGUCACUAGCGUGCUUUUCAUUGGAUUUGUGAUUGGUUUGUUUUUGAAAUUACGAUUGAGGCGUCGCAUUGCGAAAGGCCCCGGUUGUAGUGCCAGCUUCGCUUCGUCCGAAGGAUUUGAUGAGAUUUCGUUCGAGCCAGGUGGCCUCUUCUCUAUAGAGGAGGAGAAUUCCACAGAUAUCGACGAGCGGUCAGUAGUUACGACUGCAGCGAGUUGCUCGUCUAUUUUAAAGCCAGGUCGCUUCUCUACAUCUCUGGAUAGCAAGGAAGAGGAGGUAAAGAGAGGCCGCAGAGUUCAUUUUGAUGGAGAGGACAACGAUGACGAUUCCUGGACCACGGAAGAGGAACAAGCUAAACAAAUUCAGAGCACCAGAGAAGAAGCAAGAGUGGCCGCCGUCGCAACUCCGUCAACUAUCCGAGACCGGGAUGGCUGGGUCUCUUGGAUAAUGAAUCCUGUGUUUGAUGCGAGAACAUGGUGCGGAACUCCCGAGCCUAUUUCAACAUUUUCUAUUAAUGGCGAGGACUUGCUCGAUGUUCCGGAUUCUCCUUCAACACAGUCUUCAGUAAACUCGGAUACUCCUAUUUUCCCUCAAUCCUCAGGCACUUCUUCCGAAGUCUUUUUGGGUUGGGAGACAUCUUUGCAGCACGAAGCAACACCGAAACAUCGAUGGCGACCACUUUUGGGCAUUGUCAGACGAUAUAAUGACGAGACGAUGGAUUGUACGGUCGCUUAUUCUGAGCCCGCGCCGGAGUACUUUUUGGAAGCCGGUACAGCGAGGCAUGUAGGUAUUGACGAUACGGCCGCCGGAGAGCCACCAACAGCGAGGCCAGAGCCGUGGGCGCUCCCAAGUCAGCCCUCAUCGGCUUUGGCCUCAGCUGUGAGCGAAGAGACGUAUCACGUCGUGGAGGACUUGCCGCGAACGCCUGGUUACGGAAACGCUGCAAUAUCAAACGCUGGUCAAAAUAUGGUAGAAAUCUAAACUAUAUCUGCUGACGCCUUUCUAAAUCUGA